AUGCUGGCCAGGAAGAAGUCCUUCAUCAGUGCCAUUGUUGGGACACUGGUGGCACUGUCCAUCGUUGCCCUGGUUCUCAGCCUGGUGAGGGUUGAAGAUGUGAUGCUGCCACCCACGGUCAAGUAUGGGAUGGUGUUUGAUGCAGGCUCAUCCCACACCUCUCUGUUUGUCUACGAGUGGGAUUCAGACAAGGAGAACAACACUGGAGUGGUCAGCCAGACUUUGUCCUGUGAUGUCCAGGGGCAAGGCAUAUCAAGCUAUGCCAACAACCCCCCUGAAGCUGGCAAUUCCCUAAGGGAGUGCCUGGAUAAAGCCCUGCAGAUUAUUCCUGCUGAGAAGCAGAGGGAUGUCCCAGCUUAUCUUGGAGCAACGGCUGGCAUGAGGCUACUGAGGAAACAGAACAGCUCAGCAACAGAGCAAGUCCUGGCUGAGGUCGCUAAAACCAUGCAGGAGUACCCUGUGGCUUUCAAAGGAGCUCGAAUCCUUACAGGAGAGGAAGAGGGGGCCUAUGGCUGGAUCACCAUCAACUACCUGCUGGACUCCUUCACCAAGUACUCUCCCAAAGCACACGCGUGGCUUCAUCCGGAGACAGCCAACAUUUUUGGGGCACUGGAUCUUGGAGGAGCAUCCACUCAAAUCACCUUUAUGCCUGAGGAUUCAUUAUUGGGCCAGAAUGAAGGUUCUGAGUUCACCCUCUAUGGGUACAGCUACAACAUCUACACUCACAGCUACCUCUGCUACGGGCAGAACGAGAUGCUGAAGCGGCUGGCGAAGGAAUUAAUUGUGGAGUCAUCCUCCAGCACACUAGUCCAGCACCCCUGCUACCCCAAGGGCUACACCGAGACCGUGUCGCUAUCCUCCUUCCGCGCCAGCCCCUGCACGGACGGCAGCGACCCACGCCUGGCCCUGGGCGACAGCACCGUCACCCUGGAGGGCAGGGGCAAUGCCAGUGCCUGCCUGGCUGCCCUCAGGAAGCUCUUCAACUUCUCAGCGUGUGGCCACAGCCAGGACUGCAGCUUCGACGGCGUCUACCAGCCCCCGCUCCGAGGGCAGUUUGUUGCCUUCUCUGCCUUUUACUAUAACUUCAAGUUCCUGAAUCUGACGGAGGGGCAACCGCUGGCAGUGGUCAGAGAGGCCAUCGAGGGGCUCUGCACAAGGAGCUGGGAGGAUCUGUCUUCCAGCUAUCCCAAAGAGAAUCCCAAGCGACUGCCUAAAUACUGUGCCAACGCCAACUACAUCCUCACACUCCUCCUCGAUGCCUACAAGUUCAACGAGACCAGCUGGAACAACAUCAUCUUCCAGAUGAAGGCGGGGAGCGCCGACGUGGGCUGGACGCUGGGGUACAUGCUGAACCUCACCAACAUGGUCCCAGCUGAGGCUCCAGCCAGCCUGAAGGGGCACAGGCCUUCCCUGUGGGCUGCAGCCAUCACCUUCAUCAUCCUCACCCUCAUCUUGGGGCUUGCUGCCCUGCUCCUGCUGCUGUGGCUGUAG